UUGCUCUCUCUCCCACCCUUAUAUACCACCUUUGCACCUUUCUUUCCCAACAGUUAACUAUCUUCGCAUUUUCUCAUAGAUUUCUCCCCCCUUUUCCUUUUUUCUCUUUCUUGGCUAUUAUCAAUCCUUAUCUUCUUCUUCAUCCAAACGAACCCAUUAACACAUACUUCUUUUUUCCCUUGGAUCAAACUUUGUUUUGAAAUCUUCUGGGUUUUGCAUGAAAAUAGUGUUUUCCCAAUAAGAAUCAUAUAUGACGGUGGAAACUGGUGGAUUGGUGGGGCAAAGCAAAAAUAAUAUCACGACGACUGUAAAGCAUGUAAACAACAGGGUUAGGUAUGGUAACAAGACGGAGAAGAAGAACAGAUCAUAUAAGAAGAUGAGAAGAGAGGUUGUAUUUCCAAGAGUUCCGGAUGUAUUGCAACAACUCUUUGUUUCUUGUACACAAAUCUUCAGAGGCCCUGGAUUUGUCCCUCCUGCGUCUGAUGUAAACAAGCUAUGCGAUAUUAUUGAUAAGAUGAAGCCAGAAGAUGUUGGGCUUAGCAAAAAUCUGCAGUUCUUCAAGCCAACGGGUUCUGUGAAUCGGACUCCAAGGGUCACUUAUACUACCAUUUACCAAUGUGACCAGUUUUCGUUGUGCAUUUUCUUUCUUCCGGAAACGGCUGUUAUUCCUCUCCAUAACCAUCCAGAGAUGACUGUUUUCAGCAAGCUUUUACUGGGGAAAAUGCAUAUAAAAUCAUAUGAUUGGGUCGAGCCAAAAGACUCAAUACCACCCUCCAAAUUGAGGUUGGCAAGGUUGAAAGCCAAUAGCGUGUACACGGCCCCAUGCAACACCUCGGUGUUGUAUCCCACAACAGGAGGCAAUAUCCAUCAAUUCACCGCCGUAACACCUUGUGCGGUGCUCGAUGUACUCGGCCCUCCCUAUUCUAAAGAAGACGAUCGCGACUGCUCCUAUUACAAAGAUUUCCCAUACUCAGCUUUCUCAAAUGAGGGAGAAACUACAAGAGUGAGUGAAGAAGAGAGAGAGGGACUUGGAUGGCUAGAAGAAAUUGAAGCACCAGAGAAUGCAGUGAUGGAUAGAAUUGAUUACUUAGGUCCUCAAAUUAUAGAAAACUACUGAUUAGGUUUAUUAUUAUCUCUAAAUGCUUUUAUAUCUAGUCUUGUAGAUAGUGGGAAAAAACAUACUAGUGUUUUUGGUUGGACUUUUAUACAUGCAUACAUUUUUUUUUAGUUUUUGCCAGGUUGUGCUAAUGGUUUAUGACAUUUUUUUGUGAAAAGAAGAGACUUAAGGCCUAAAAUAUUGAUUUGGUUUCUAUACAA